UUUCCUAGAUUAGAGAGGCAAAGACGUGACGCCAGCACUCGUUCCAGCCUCUCUGGCUGAUCUCUGGCUGCCGUACCGGACACUGAGCCGAGGGUUAAUUUGUUAGUUUGUUAUUAGUUUGUUAGUUCCCACAUAACUGGGAUUGUUGCCUUCAAGGCUGCAAAUGAGCCAAGAACACUGCUGAUAAUCCUAACGCUGCCUGGAUCCACCCUGUAGUUUUUAUUUUUUUUAAUGUAUUUUCUAAGUAGUCAUCUUAGUUUUUCUGUCUGACCAGGUUGCUUUCAGUUUAUUACACUAAUUACUGCUGGAAUACAGGUCUGUUGUUUUCUGAUAGGUUUGGUGUUCUUGUACAGAGGAUGUUGUUAUGAGUGUGUUUUUUCCUGUAGCUAGUACAACAGGUUGUACUUGAGGGUCAGACUAGAAAUGAGAGGAGACAACUAGUUGGAGAUUCAACUCUUCCUGGACACAUUCUCUACUUUUUCUACUGUCUGAGGAGGGACACCGGGUUGGUGGAUUUAUUUUUCCCCCUGGAUGUGACAUUUUGAGCCAUGCUGCUGCUGCUGCUGCUGCUGCUCUGCCUGCAAACUUCACUGCAAGAACCGACUUCUCCUCCUGGUCGAUGUGAUAUCUCACAGAGGGAGGACAUACACACCCCCUGCACUUCCUGUGCUGCCGCCGCCAUCGGCAGCUGCCCCCACAGCUUCAGCAGCGUGGGCACCACCAACUGCAGCUACGUGGUGCAGAUCGGCGGGAGGGAGAUGGAGCUGGAUGGAUGUCAGCACAUCUGUGUGAAGAGGUUCAUGCAACCACAGUGCUGCCCACAGCACUGGGGACCGCUGUGUCUCCCCUGUCCCAGCUGGUCAGGGAAAACCUGUAACUUCCAUGGAACCUGUAUGGAUGGAGACGUCGGCAACGGGACCUGCGUCUGUGAUGAGGGCUUCUCCGGCUUUGCCUGUCAGGAGUGUAAGAAUGAGAACGCUUUUGGAGAGAAGUGUGAUAAAGAGUGUGACUGUAUGCAUGGAGUGUGUAACAAAGGUCCAGAGGGUGAUGGACAGUGUUUGUGUCAACCACCGUACACUGGGAAACGCUGUGACCAAGUGAGCAACAGGUGCUCUAACUGCAGCCCCUACUCGUUCUGUAAAGGAGAGGGAGACGCCGCCGUCUGUGAAUGUCUGCCCGGAUACAGGAACACAGCACAGGGCAAAUGCGCAAGUAUUUGCUCAGUGAGGGACUGUGAUGUCAACGCCCAGUGCUCCUCAAAGGGGUCAAAGGUUAGCUGUGCCUGUAACCCCGACUAUGAGGGUGAUGGCAGGAUCUGUGUCCCCAGAAAUCCUUGCUCCGUGAACAACGGAGGGUGUCCCAUCAACUCCACUAUCUGUGUUUUUAAAGGACCCAACAAGUCCAGCUGUGAGUGUAUGUUUGGCAUGUCCCCUAUAGGUGGCAGUGCUGAGUUUGGCUGUCAGCUGGUUUCUGCCUGCUCAGCAGACACCUGUGACCCCACGGCUGUCUGUCAGACUGAACUGGAUGGACAGCCCAGGUGUAUGUGUGAGGCAGGUCAGAUUGGUGAUGGCCGGCGUUGCUAUGGUAACCUGAUGGAGCAGCUCAUAGAGCUUGGCAGGAGUGGAAACCAGAGAGAAAAUCUGACUGAAACCGUUGCCCUGUUCGAGAAAGGAUGUUCAAUGCUGUUGAGUCACAAUGGACCGUUCACAGCUUUCAUCCCCCUGCUGAAAACACCUCUAACUGGUGUUAAUGAGGAGCUGGUGUGUAAAAACCACCUGAUCCUGGGUCAGCACCUUUACAAGGAUCUGGAGGGGCGAGACUUAAACAUGUACGGAGGAGCCAGGUUGAGGACCAAAGACAACAAGAAGUUCAUUCUGAUGGAUGACCCCAGCAGACUCUACACCGUCCUCCAGGAGGACCUGCCAGCAGCCAACGGGAUCAUCCACAUCAUAGACCGGCCAAUCACAAACACACUUUCUGACAAAUCUUCUCGUGACGAAAAGUUUGCUGAUAAGACAAUUGCAGAGAUUCUGACUAAGGAUGGAAAAUACAACCGCUUCCUGUCUCUUGUUGAUAACUGCGGGUCACCCCCUCCUCUACGGGGUCCAGGACCCCUGACUGUGUUCAUCCCCACCAAUCAAGCUGUGGAUCGAGCUAGAGAUGGAAGUAUCCUGUACAUGCUGAACGAUGCCAAACAUAAACUUCAGGAACUCCUCAGACAUCAUGUUUUCUCCCAGGCUGUGUUGACAGUCGACGAUUUGGCUGCUCUUCCUCAGAUCCAGACGAUGGCCAAUCAGAUCGUCACCAUUACAGUGUCUGACGAUGGUGAGAUCCUGCUGGGUGAGAAGGGCGUCCAUCUGGUGACCACCAACAUCAUAGCGUCCAACGGUAUCAUCCAUAUGAUUGACGGGCUGCUGUACCCGCCCUCCAUCCUCCCCAUCCUGCCUCACCGCUGCGACGUCAUUGAGAGCAAGAUCACCGUGGGUCCAUGUGUUCACUGCAAUUACCUCUAUGAGACAGAGUGUCCAGAGGGCAGCACUGAAAUGGACAGUUAUCAGAGAGGCUGUGAUUACGUCACGUCUCCUCUGAACCCGACACUUAACAAAGGCUGCGCUAAAUACUGCAACGCCACCAAAAAGGUAGCAGAGUGUUGUAAAGGUUUCUACGGUCCGGACUGUAAACCCUGUAUCGGAGGAUUUCAGCAUCCCUGCUAUGACAAAGGAAUGUGCUUCGACGGUAUCCAAGGCAACGGCUCAUGCAGCUGUCAAUCAGGCUUCAAGGGUGUCGCCUGCCACAUCUGCUCAGAGCCAUCGAAGCACGGAGACAACUGUGACGAAGAGUGUGUGUGUGUCCACGGUGUGUGUGAUAACCGUCCAGGCAGUGGUGGUUUGUGUCGGAGAGGAUCGUGUCUGGAGGGAUACUCUGGAGAAAAAUGUGACAAGAAGGCCACGCCGUGCAACUCUGACGGACUGCAGGAACACUGUCACAUCCACGCAUACUGUACACACACAGGACUGCAUACUAUGUGUGUGUGUCGGGACGGAUACGAAGGUGAUGGUCACUCUUGUUCUCCCAUCAACCUCUGCCUGAAGAGCAGCCGAGGAGGCUGCGACACCAACGCAGAGUGUGUGUACAUGGGUCCAGGUAACGUGUCGUGUGUGUGUCCUGAGGGUUGGACAGGUGACGGCAAAGUGUGUGUGGAAAUCAACAACUGUCAGCUGGAGAGUCGAGGAGGCUGUAGCCCCAACGCCGACUGUAAACACAUCGGACCUGCACAGAGUGAGUGUGUCUGUAAAACAGGUUACAUGGGCGACGGCAUUGUGUGUGACCUGGUCGACCCCUGCCUCACAAAGAACGGAGGCUGCCAUGACCUGGCAAAGUGUGAGCUGCAGAAGAGCGGCACUCACACCUGUACCUGUCCUGACGGCUACGCUGGAGACGGAACCAUCUGCUAUGGAUCAUUACUGGAGGAACUGGACAUGAACAUCAAACUGUAUAGUUUCUACCGACUGACCCAGAAGUAUAGACACUCCUCUGAGGACCUGAGUGGGAACCUCACAGUGUUGGUUCCGUCACUAAACGCUCUGAGGAACAUGAGCUCAGAUCAGGACUCGUUCUGGACCAGCCGACACCACCUACCUCACUUCCUGCGGGCCCACAUCCUGUCGGGGAUCUACUCUUUAGAAGAUCUGGGUGGACUGGUUGGCAGCAGGCUGCCCACCCUCAACCCGCCCACCUACUGGGAGAUCAGAAACAGCAGCGGGGUGAUCCAAAUUGGAAACGCCUCCAUCCUCUCACACAACCUACCUGCAAUCAACGGCUACAUUCAUGUCAUAGACAAGAUUCUGGCUCCAUCCCGCUCAGACCUCCCCCCCGAGCCUCCCACACUGAUGGCCUUCCUGAACUCCUCCUCCAACUUCAUUCUCUUCAGACAGUACGCUCUGAUGUACAACCUGUCAGAGGAGUUGGGUGUGUUUGAUUUCACCCUCUUGUUGCCGACAGACGACGCCAUCAGGCAGCACCUCAGCAGGACUAACUCCUCCCUCCUGGACUCUGAUGUGUUCAAGUACCACGUGAUUCUCAAUGAGCUGCUCUUUCCCGACCACUUGGCUGAUGGCAUGUUGAAGAGCACUCUGCUGGGCAGCGACUACCAGGUCCAGUUCCACUUAGACAACAACAACCAGACAGUUGUGAACGACGUUCUUCUUGAUGGCAGUUUCAUCGAGACGCAGUACGGCAUCAUCAUCGUCCUCCCCCAGGUCCUCAAAGUCCGCCGCAACAGAUGCAGCAAACAGGUCACCCUGCAGGUCAAUGGAAGGUGUUCAGACUGUGAGGGACCACCUCGAUGCCUCUUCAGCUACAAACCAAUCAAAACACAGUUUCCCGCCAACAUGCGGCCCAACUGUAAAUACAGGAAGCGCAUUGGUUCCAGGAGGAAGUCGAUGCCAGGCUGUGUCAUCAAAUGCCUUCGGACUACCACGGACCACUCUUGUUGUCCCGGUUACUUUGGCCACGAGUGCUUCAAAUGCCCCGGGGAGGUCGGCAGCUGGUGCUCCAAUCAUGGGGAGUGUCAGGACGGUAACGAUGGCAACGGGGAGUGCCGUUGCUACGAGGGUUUCCAUGGCACCGCGUGUGAGGACUGCGAGCCAGGACGAUACGGAGUCAACUGCUCCUCCAAGUGUGUGUGUGACCACGGGAAGUGUGAAGACGGUCUGACAGGAAGCGGCAGGUGUGUGUGUUAUAAAGGUUGGAAAGGAGCUUCCUGUUCUGUAGAGAUCAAGGACGACGCCUGUGGAGGUGUGUGUGACGAGAACGCCAACUGUAUAACAGGGCCAAAUGGAGUAGCUGCUGCUUGUGUGUGUGUGGCUGGAUAUGAAGGCAAUGGGACCUACUGCAAAGAGCUGGAUUUGUGCAGCAGGGUUAACGGUGGAUGCUCAGAGUUCGCCAUCUGUACAAAGGUAUCAGCAGGAGAGAGGACCUGCUCCUGUAGAGAGGGAUACACUGGAGAUGGAGUCGUCUGCCUGGAGAUGGACGGCUGUCUGGUCAACAACGGAGGCUGCCACAAGUGGGCAGAGUGCAUCAGAGCAGGCCCCAACAUUACGUCCUGCAGGUGUCAGAUGGGCUACCAAGGAUCAGGAAGAUACUGCUAUCCUGUCAAUCCCUGUAGAAAAGACAAUGGCGGCUGCAGUAGGUUUGCUCGCUGCGAGUACAUGGGUCAGGGUCAGAGGAACUGCACCUGCAACCGAGGCCACAUAGGCGAUGGCUUUGAUUGCCGGGGAAGCACCAACAACGAGGUGUUCCGACAGCCAGAGAAUAACUUCUACCGUCAAAUCCUGUCACAGUCAGAAGGCCGUAAUCUUUACGGUGACGGACCGUUUACUGUCUUUGUCCCUCUAGAGGAAACCAACAAUGCCUCCUCUAUCCUGGAAUGGAAGUUGGCCGGUCGUCUUGCUGACCUGUCCUGUUACCACGCUGUUUCCUGUGAGACUUUGACCUUGAGUGACCUCAAAACCACUGAGCGAGCCGUCUCAUUAUCUGGACACAUGCUGCACUUCAGCCUGCAGCAGGGCUCAGUCUGGAUCAACAACAGGUCGAGGAUCGUGAAGAGCGAUUACACCACAGCGAACGGAGUCAUUCACCACAUCGACACGAUGCUGACGCCUUACAGGCUGCAGGACAAACCACCCCUCAAGUCUAACAUGAACAUGACCACAGCAGCUACGUUUUAUGGCUACACCCGCUUCUACAAACUUGUGGAGGAUGCAGGGUUACUCCCUCUGCUCCAGAUGUCCAUCCACAAGCCGUUCACCAUGUUCUGGCCCACAGACGAGGCCCUGAAAUCUCUGCCACCCGAACGUCAGCGCUGGCUCUCCAGCCCCGACCACCAAGAACAACUGGCUGCUACUGUGAAGGCUCACAUCAUACGCAACUCGAGGGUGAUGGGCGUGAGUCAGCCAGAUAAAUUCUCGUCGUUCCGCACCAUGCACGGAUCCACCAUCAAGUACAGCUGUGACAAGACCUUGGUGGGGGCAGUAUUGAUUAAUGAUAACGCAGCCAGGGUAGUGGAACGCUACCUGACCUUCAAAGAUGGCCUGGCCUACGGCAUUGACCAGUUACUGGAGCCACCGGGUCUGGGAGCGCACUGUGACAGCAUCGAGAACAGAACUACUUUUGGACGCUGUGGACGCUGCCUCUCUCCUCCAUCCUGUCCAUUCAGACACCACGAUACGGAAAAGACAGAGCGUUGUUUCAACUAUCGCAGCAGGUAUGGGCCCAGCUACUCACGUUGGUAUGGUGACCUGGACGAUCAUUUCAGCCGGAUUGGCUGUAAGAGAGUUUGCCAGUUUCCUUCCUGGGUCCAGAAGUGCUGCAAGAACCACUACGGCCGAGACUGUCAAGUUUGUCCAGGUGGUGUGGAGGCCCCUUGUGGCAACCAUGGGGACUGCGACGACGGCACACGUGGUUCAGGAGCCUGUAGGUGUCACGAGGGCUUCAGAGGAAAAGCCUGCGAGCUGUGUGUCGCUGGCCACUAUGGCCCCAACUGCACAGCCUGCAGCUGUGGGAAGCAGGGGAGAUGUGGAGGCAUUGAAGGCUCUGGACAAUGUGUCUGUAACUCGGGCUGGGUAGGUGAUCGCUGCCAGAAUGAAAUAGGCUCGAUCCCAGAGGAGUGCCGGCAGUGCCAUGCUCAGGCCGACUGUGUGCCAGGUGUUGGUUGUCAGUGUAAAUCUGGGUUUCAGGGGAAUGGCACCUUCUGCAGCCCAGAGCCACCUCCAGACCUCUGCUCUGAGUAUAACGGCGGCUGUCACCAGAACGCAGACUGUAACCAAACGGGGCUGAUCGUCAACUGCACCUGUCACAGUGGUUACCAAGGAGAUGGUUACUCCUGCGAGCCCAUCAACAGAUGUGUUGAGGAGCAGAACGGAGGCUGCAGUGACUUUGCUACCUGCAAGUUCACUGGUCCAAACGAGCGUCAGUGUGAGUGCCUGCCGGGGUAUGUGGGUAAUGGAGUCCAGUGUCUGGAGAAGGUGGUGCCCCCUGUUGACCGUUGCCUGGAAGAGAACGGAGGCUGCGACCCAGUGGCCACCUGCAAGGACCUCCAUUAUCACACCAACACAGCUGGAGUGUUCCACCUGCGCUCUCCAGAGGGGAAGUACAAGAUGAACUUCAGUCAGGCUGACGCUGGCUGCCAGGCUGAGGGCGCUACGCUGGCCAGCUUUAAACAGCUGGGAGACGCACAGCAGCUUGGGAUGCAUCUGUGCGUAGCCGGCUGGAUGGAGGGAGGGAAGGUGGGAUACCCUACCCGCUUCCCCUCGCUGAAGUGUGGAGACAACCACGUGGGCCUGGUUAUCUACAAAGACCCUGUGGACCAGAGCAGCAUGUACGACGCCUACUGCUACAGGCUCAAAGACGUUUCGUGUACGUGUCCCGCUGGUUACGUUGGGACCGGAGACUUCUGUCACGGUGUUCUGACGAACGUCCUCGCAACAUACAGUAACUUCUCCAUCUUUUACAAGUUGCUGUUGGAUUACAGCAGCUCAACCUCGGACGGCAAACAGCUCAUUGACUUUCUGUCUCACAGGAAGUCUGAGGUCACGCUGUUUGUUCCUCAUAACGCCGGAUUCGUUCCAAACCAGACUCUGUCUGCUAGAGAUCUCGAGUAUCACAUCUCAACCAAUCACAGCAGAAGACCGUUCAAGGAUCUGAGACAUGAGGAAGCCAUCACAUCGAGGCUCGGGUUCAACCUGACUGUUACCCACGGCAACAACGAGAGCUAUAAACUGGUGGACAAGCGGCUGCUGGUGGAGUGGGACAUCCCCGCUGUGAAUGGCAUCAUCCAUGUCAUCGAGGCCCCGCUGACGGCGCCCCCCCCACCGAUCUCCCAUGAUGCAUCCCGUGGCCACACCCACUCAAGCGGCACGGCGUCAGCCAUCUUGGUGUCGCUGCUGCUGGUGUGUGUGUUGGCUGCACUCGGCUACUACGUCUUCAAACAUAAGACCGACGCUUUCCGCUUCCACUACUUUAAAAAUGAUGAUGAGGACGGCGGUGCAGCCGGCGGCAGGAAUAAACCCACACUGGUCUCCAUCCCCAACCCUCUGUACAGCGGCUCCAGGGCCUUCAACGAGCCAUUCGGGGAAACUACUCAAGGGGUGGAGCCAGCAGAACCUGAACCAGAACCUCCAAACAUUCUGGACCUGGACCAGUAAAACCAGGAAAACUGGAGUUGAAGCUGUCUGUUUACAAACCACAAUAACCUGUUGGCUAUAUCAUGGCUUUUUACAGUUCAUCUAUAUGCAAAUAAGAAAUAAAAGUCAAUAUUUUUUAUUAGCAAUCAAUCAAAUGGUUCUGUGUAAUGUGAAA